AUGAAAGGCUCAAAGGAAUCUCCCUGUCACACCUGCCGUCGUCAACGGCUCCGUUGCGAUGCCACGAAACCCACUUGUAACAAAUGCGCCACCCGCGGAGUCGAGUGCCUGGGCUAUGGAGCGCAGCCUAUUCUCUGGGUUCUACCGCAGACACACACGCCGGCAGCAUCGGGAGGCAAAGGUCCAGCAUGUUAUGCUACGCCAAAUGAUCGUGGCGAUGGCAGCAGUAGCAGCAGCAGCUCGACCAAAGACCUACCCUUUACGGUGGCCACGGCCAAGAGGCGAGGUCGUCCCCGGCUGGUGCUGAUGACCCAAGAAGCGAAGGCAAAGCCCGCAGAUAUGCGAAUUCAGCAGAAAAAACACAUACGAAAGGGGAACGCGUCUGGCGGGAAGAUAUGGCUACCCAGAAGCCCGAAUCUGAACCCCCCGGGGUACGAGGCAGAUCGCCUAGCCAUCCAUUGCAUUAACUACUUCCUCAUCGACAACCCUCACAACCCACACCGUCUACCCGUCGAAUACUGGGCCUAUUUCCCUGAGAUGAUCAUGGACAUGAUUAUCAGCGCAGCCUUGACCACGCAGGUCAUCCGGUCCAAGGCGGGUUCGGGCUUACUGACUUACAGAGCCAAAAUUAAUGACGACAAGAAUCUCAAACGCCAUCACCUAGGCGCUGUGGAUCAUCCGUCCAUGCCCAGUAUCUACAAGCACCAGCGGAGCACGCUCAAGUCUCUCAAUGCGGAACUGAUGAGCCCGCAAGCAAAGGAUAAUGAUAUGGUACUGACUCUCAUUGUCACUCUGAUGAGAUGCGAGAUCCAACAGUCGGCGUUUGGGGCUUGGCCUGCUCACUUGGAGGCCGCACGUACGAUCGUCGCUCACCGAGGCGGAUUUACCGCGCUUGCAGAGUCGAAGAGGGGAAAUUUAGACUUCAUUCUGUCCGAGUUUAUGCUGGUCGAUGUAAUGAGCACCACCAUGACUCCAACGACCUUGUUGGAAGCCAAGACUGUCAAGCAGCUGGAGUACAUUCCUCAAUUGCCAAUCUUGUACCGAGAUGGCUUGGAGUCUGGCUUCCCCUGCCCUAACGAUCUAGUCGAGUGUCUUAUCCGGAUCAACUACGCGCGGUUCCUUAGCUCUGUUUCGUUUGCUGAUUCUAGCCACAUCCACGGCCUUGCGGAGGAAUUGAUCUAUAAGCAAUACCGGGACAACACCCAGCGGCCGACGGUCUCGUCCCAAUCGCAAUUUUCAUCAGACAGCGAGACAACGAUAAUCGGCGGGGAUGGUCCCCCUGCGGGCAUUGCCGAUGCUACCCCGACGUUGUCAUUAAUUACGUCUUCGUCAGCCAUGUCGUCCAGCUUUGCGGGAGACCUCAGAGGAAGAUGGGAGGAUCUCGCCAAGGCAUUCCAAGCAGCCGUGCUUCUCUACUGCCUGCAGACUCUGUUCCCAUUCCCCGAGAUGCAGCUCAGGAUUCCCCGUAUAAUGGUCGCACUCGGCACGAAACACGAAUCCAGUUCUGUCAUCAUCAACGCCGCAACUCUGCGGAAUCACAUGCUCAAGAUGCUCCUCGGUGCGAUCCACCGACUGUGGGACAUUGAGCCCAAGGAUCCAGCCUCCUGGUGCGGCAAGUUCCUCAUGUGGCCGAUGUUUGUGGCGGGCAUGGAGCUCGACUCCUAUCCCGAGCUGCCCGAGGAACGGCCAUUCCUGUGCAGUUCUCUAAGCAAGUUGUGCGAUCAUCUCGGGGACCUGAGCUCACUAGACGCGGUGGCUAUGUUGGAGGCGACGUAUUCUCGGAGUAAGAGGGCAGCCGCUAUGGGACACAUAGAAUACGGGUCGUGGGUUGAUCAGAUGAUCUGGACAGAGGCGAAGGGGUUAUUCUUCUUAUGA